AAUUUUUAAAAACAAUAUAUUGAAGUAAAUAUGAGAUCGUCUUCAAUGUAUUGAUUUAAAAACAAUAACAAAAAAAAAAGGUUAGAGAAUAAAAAAUGUUAAGAAGAGCUGCGAGCAAUGCGUAUUCAUGGUGGUGGGCAAGCCAUGUCCGAACCAAACAAUCCAAAUGGCUCGACGAAAACCUUCAAGAUAUUGAGGAGAAGGUGCAAUACGCACUUAAGCUAUUGGAAGACGAAGGCGACUCCUUCGCAAAGCGUGCUGAAAUGUAUUACAAGAGAAGACCCGAACUAAUCAGUUUCGUGGAAGAAUCAUUCAAGGCUUACCGCGCUUUAGCUGAACGCUACGACCACAUCUCCAAGGAGCUUCAAAACGCAAACACGACCAUCGCAUCUGUUUUCCCCGACCAAGUCCCCGAGUUCGCCAUGAACGAAGACGAUGACUCCGCUGUCUCUCCUAGAAGCCGUAAAACGCAGACAGACGCGAUGUUGUCCUCGAAUAAGAAUGUUCCAAAGGUUCCUAACUUGCCUAUGAAAGACUCUGAGGCAACAAAGAUGUUUAAGUCGAGGCUAGCUAAUAGAGAACACGGUGGUGAGUUGUCUGAUGUUGUUGUUAACAAGUCCGGUCUGAGCAAAACCGAGGCGGUCGAAGAGAUUGAUAAGUUGCAGAAAGAGAUUCUUGUUUUGCAAACCGAGAAAGAGUUUGUGAAGAGCUCUUAUGAGAAUGCGCUUGCAAAGUAUUGGGAGAUUGAGAAUCGUAUCAUGGAGAUACAAGGGAGAGUUUGUGGUUUGCAAGACGAGUUUGAUGAAGGUGCUGUUGUUAUAGAAGACAAAGAAGCUCAGGUUCUGAUGUCUGAAACAGCUCUCAAAUCAUGCCAAGAGAAGUUGGAUGAGCUGAGAGAGAAACAUGAGGAGAAUGUGAAGGAAACUGAGAUCAUAAGAAAAGAGAUAAGUGAUUCAAAAGAGGAGAUUGGUAAACAUCAUUCUGAUGCAGUUUUUGAUGAUGGAACAAGAACUCAAAGAAGUGAAGAAGUGAAAAAGGAAGAGAAGGAGAAAAAGGUAAUUGAACAUGAGGUGGUGGUGGUGGAUGGUUCAUGCCUUACCAUAACAGAUGUUGCUGAUAAUAUAGAUGAGCUUGUGAAUGAUGUGAUGAAUCUGGAGAGCUUGUUUUCAUCUCAAGCAGCUUUGAUACAAAGGCUAAGAGAGGAGAUAGAUGAUCUCAAGGCACAGAUUAAAGCUCUUAAAGAGAAUAAUAACUCAUCUCAAAGUGAUGAGGACAUGAAGAAGAGGCUGAGAGAGAUGGAGGAAAAGCUGAAUGGUAUUAAUGGUAUAGACAAGGCGGUCGGAGAACAGAGUCAGAACAUUGAAAUACACCUUACAAGAGCACAUAUUAAACUAACUUUCUUGUCUAACAAGUUAAAGGGCUUAAACCAAGAAGGAGAAGAAGAAGAAGAAAACUCAAAGGAUACUAAUGUACCAAUCCAUAGUGAAACAUCUUUGAUUGAUACAAAGGAAAACAUUGAUGAUUCAGUUGUGUCUGAAGAUGUUGAACCAGCAUCUGAUGUGGUGGUUAUUGCUGAAAAAGAAACUACGGAAAAUGAAGUUUUAUUAUUGUCACCAAAGUCAGGCAUUGAGGCUGAAGAUGAAGCGUUUCUCAAGAAGAUUCUUGCACAUGGGAUUGAAGGAAGAGAGAAACAUCUCUUAACUGAAUACACAAAGGUACUUAGAAACUACAAGGAAGUGAAAAAGAUGUUAGAAGAAACAGAAACAAGACUCAAGAGUGAAAACACCUUGAAAGACGAACAAGUCAGAGUCUUAAACCAUAAACUCAACCUCCUGCUUGAAAGUAAAAGUGAUGGUGAUGGUCUUCAAAAGUCUAUAGCCAAGGAACAACAACAGAAAGAGCAAUUGUUCAUGCUGAUUUACAAAGAAGAUAAUGCCAUAAACGCGAUAGCUGGACAAAACCAUAUGUUGUUGUCACCAAAAGAACAGCUGUUCGGAGCAAGAGUUGAUGCAUUGUUAAGCGAGAACUUGAAUUUGCUGGUGAGGUUUAGCAACUCGUUUGGACAGAUACAACAGUUUGAUACUGGGAUCAAAGACCUACAAGUUGAGUUAAUGAAGAUCAUAGACCAAAAGAAUCAAGACAAGCCUUCUCUAAGAUCAAACGUUCGUCCCAUAUACAAACACCUCAACGAGAUCCGCACUGAGCUAACCAUCUGGCUAGAGAAAAGCUUGCUGCUCAAGGAAGAGAUCAACUCAAGAGCUUCAACUCUAAACAACAUACAAAACGAAAUAACAGAAGCUCUCAAAACAGAUUCUGAUGAUCCGGAAACGAAGUUUACGAUCUACCAAGGAGCUAAGUUCGAAGGCGAGGUUUCAAACAUGCAAAAGGAGAACAACAGGAUUGCGGAAGAGCUUCAAACGGGUUUGGAUCAAGUUGAGAAACUGCAGCGAGAAGCUGAUAAGACGCUUGGGAAACUGAGCGAGGAGUUUUCGCUUUCCGAGUCAAAGAACCGGUCCAGUACACGGUCUACGCAAGAUAGCAAAACUAGUAUUCCUCUGAGGUCGUUUAUCUUUGAUGCUAAACCAAAGAAGCAAAGACUAUCCUUAUUCUCUUGUAUCCAACCUUCGAUGUCUAAGAAGAUGAGGCCUGAUUCAUAGGUAACUUGAACGUCAUUUUCAUGUACUUCUAUUACUACAUCAAUUAUGUUUAUUAUGGAUUUAAAUCUUUCCUUGCAUGGGACUCUACGUAUGUAUACUACCGCCAAGAUAACUAAUCAAACUGAAGUUACUUAUGAUGAAUUUUUAUCUACACUGAUUCAUAUGGUUAGACCAUCUCUGAUGGUGAACUAUAAUUUUCUUUAAUUUUGUUAUAAAAUAUUAAAUUUAAUCUAAUGGUAAUUUUAUUAUAAAGUGGAAUAUAGAGUAGAUUUAUUUUUAAAAUAGAGUAAAAAUAUAAUAUUUUUUUCUAUAUUUUUAUAAAGUAAUUUUAUUAUAUAGUAAAUUAGUGGAACAAAUUUAACUAUAUAAUAGAGUUAUUUUAUAGUGAAAUAUAGAAAAAGUUAUGGAGUACUAUUUGAGAUGAUUUUAGUGAUUGGUCUAAUUUUAAUAUUUUUCUAUAUUCCACUCUAAUAGAGUGAAUAUAAAGUAAAAUAUGACAUUUAUCUAUAUUUUAUUUUAUAAUAAUUACUUUACUAUAGAGUAACAUCAUUGAAGUAAAAGUUACAUUAUAAUAUAAUUAUUUUAUUGUUAUGUAAAUUAUAGAAAAAAAUAGAAUUCCACUGAAGAUGUCCUAAGCAUUAAUAACAUUGGCUGAGCUCGUGGAUCACUUUAUACUUCGUACUUUUACGAUUUGUAAUAACCACAUAAAUAACUUUAGUUUUUACUAUUAUGACUUUUAAAGAAAGAGACAAAUAAAAAAACACUUCGGCUAUCUAUCUACAGCUAGCAGAAUCGCGUUAGUCUAAGUUUACACGGCUGUUUUGUUUGACUAAUGGAUGAUUUGUACAUCUUCGUCGUGAUCUUUGCCGGAAGAAAAAAAAAAUUAAACAAAUAGAUUUAUGAGGUUUUGGCACUAUUAACUAAUCUACUGAACUACUCAUUAUCUUUUAGCAUCUAUCUAUUAUAGUAGUAUAUUGCUACUUUAACUAGCGAUUGUACCAAAAUAUACUCGCUAUUCUAUGGUACACAUGAUACAAAUUCUUAAGACGUGUGCAAAGUGCAAGCAUCAUUACCCCCCAAGUGGGUAAAUUACCCAUCGAACACGGAGUUACUGUCAGAAAUAUAUUUAUUCUUUUAUCAUAACACAAGAAGUUAAACGCCAACAAUUUAUCAGGGAAGAAUCAAAAAGUAUUUUAUUUUAGUAAUUCUUUUACGGUUAUUGAUCAUGGUUUUUCAAAUAAGAUGUCCAGUUUUAUCUUAUAAAACUAAUCUGGAAUUUGUUUAAAAAUGAAUCGCUUUGUUUUCCAAUCUUUCAUGAAAGAUCUUUUCAUUUUCGUUUUUCAUUCUUUUUGUAAUUAUGGUGAUGUAUGCAAACUUCCAAUACUGAUCAAUGAAAUAUAUUAACCGAUGGCUAUAUACAAAUCUUCUAGUUUCUGAUGAGAAGGUGUACAAAUCAAACAAACGAAACUUUACCAUUUAAAAUACUCUGUAUAAUUGUUUCGCUGCUAAUUUGAGUCUUUGCCCCUACAUGUUUGCCUAAUACUACAACCUAAACAUCCUAUAAAAAAUCUUUGAAUAAAAGGAACUAUGUAUUAAGAAGUAAUAGUUUUUGGGGAACAAAAAGAAUUAAAGAGAAGUUUAGUUAAGGAGAUUAAGACAAAAGAUGAUAGAUUAAUAGAAAGGAUGACAGGGUCGCACGUGCAACACCGAAAUCUUCGAAAAUCAAAAGAUGCUGCGCACGUGCCUCCUUGGUCAAAGGUCAAAAGCAACUGAUACAUUAGCACUAGUCAUUGGACCUCCCAAACUAUUUAAACAACACUAAUUUAGAUUAAUCAUAAUUGUCGCCUUAUUUUAAUAAAUUGCUGGGUAUCCAAGAUAAGGACGAUGAUUAGGAGAGUUUUAGUAAAGACCCUUUAAUAGACAUCCUUUACUUCUAUGUAUAUCUGAACACGACAUAUUCAUUCAUGGCUUAAUGGCUAUAUAUGAAAGGCUUUAAGGGCAAAGUUAGUGAACGUAAUAUAAAAUGUUUGUUUCUACACUAAUACAUUGCCUUUUGUUCGUGGCUGUAUUUUUACUGAAUGCACAGAUAUAUUACGUAAUGAUUUUAUAAUGGUUGUUUGAAUUUAUAUGGUACUUAUGUAGUUUAAGCAGUUUUGGUGCUCUCUGUCUGGAAUCGUUUGUAGUGACUGAACCCAGUUCUGGAAUUUAAGGUUCUUAAUAUAAGUUGUAUUACAAAAAAAAGGCAGUUUUUGGUGUUGAAUUAUUUGUUUUGCUCUUGUGUUGUGUUCUAGUUGUACUGGAAACAAGCAACGCAUAAAAAUAAGAAAAAUUGUAUGUUGCUACCAGGUCUAUACUAACAAUUCCAUCAAUUCAAUUGUAUCUUAAAAGUCUGAAUGAUGAUUGAAUAUUUGUAUAUAUGUAGUGUAUUACGUACAGUCUAUCCGCAGUAUGUAAAAUCUGUAACAUAUUAGAGCUUGUGAUCAGAGGCGAAGCCACCUCAUACUCUAUGGGUGCAUGUGCACCCGUGAUAAUAUCUAUCUUUCAAAUUUAGUGAGAAAAAAUAAUAUAGAUUCGGUAGAUCUGAUGGUAAAACAUAGGUUCUGCACCUCCUUACAACCCAGGUUCAAUCUCUUCUUAUAUCUUCCUUUCUUUUGUAAUUAAUAGUGCAUCCACUAUACAAAAGUCCUAGCUUCGCCCCUGCUUGUGAUUAACAUAAAUCAACAAUAAGAAAUAACUUGCAUAUUUUAGACGUCAACUGGUAACAUAAUCAUACGAUCACUUAUACAUUCAUCGCAAAGUAUAUUGGAGUUUUUAAAAGAAACAUUAACAUAAAGUCAGAAUGGUAUCUAUUUCAAUAAUAUCACUUACAGUAUACAUAAUGAAGAGAAUAUAUUUGGUCAUUUUCAGCGAGUACUGAAUAUACCAUUGAAGGAGGUGAAGAUAUGAAUAUAAUCAAUAUAUACGAUACUGAUAAUAUGCAGCUACUUGCGGGUGACAAAAUAUAUCAUCUAUACUAUUAUAUCAUGAAUCACUCAUAAGGGAAAAGAGGGGGAUGAUGUGGAAGCAUGUGUUUAUCCUCUCAAGUUGCUAGACUCAGCCACGUGUGAUGACGUGGCACUUAUAAAUUUAUAUGAUUUGCAGGGAACUAGUAGUAUUAUAUAUGUGUUCGGUGUUCCAACAAGUUCAAUAAUAUUUACAAUGUGUGUAUUAGUAUACAAA